AGUCCCCCCUCCCUACUGCUCUAUAAAAGAGACCCAGCAAAGCGACCCUACCAGCUUCUGGCUCUCAGCCUAGGUGCAGGUGCCGGAAGAAGAGCCCAGAUCUGGCACGGGCCACGGGGAAGGAAGGUCAGCAUGCCACCCAACCUCAAACUCCAGUGGCACUUCAUUCUUAUCUUCCUGGCGGCUCUGAGAGGGAAUGGCAGGUACCUAGAGCUUCAAGAAGCCGCGGACUACGACCCUUUCCUGCUCCUAGGUGCCAGCCCGAAGAGGGACCUGGCUGGGGAGCAGCCGUACAGCCGCACGCUGCGGUGCCUGGACAUGCUGAGCCUGACGGGACAGUUCACCUUCACCGCGGCUCGGCCGCAGCUGCACUGCGCCGCCUUCUUUAUCGGCGAGCCGGAGGAGCUGCUCUCCAUCCACUUCGACCUGGUGUCCAUCGACUGCGCGCGCGGGGACCUCUUGAAGGUAUUUGAUGGCUGGAUCCUCAAGGGGGAGAAAUUCCCCAGUUCCCAGGAUCAUCCUCUCCCCACCACCGAUCGCUACAUAGACUUCUGUGAGAGUGGUUUCAGCAGAGGCAGCAUCAGAUCCUCUCAGAAUGUGGCCAUGAUAUUCUUCCGGGUCCAUGAACCAGGAAAUGGAUUCACAUUAACCAUAAAGACAGAUCCCAACCUCUUUCCUUGCAACGUCAUCUCUCAGACCCCAAAUGGAAGGUUCACCCUGGUGGUUCCUCAACAGCAUCGGAACUGCAGCUUCUCCAUCAUUUAUCCAGUGGUGAUCAAAAUAUCGGAUCUCACCCUGGGACAUGUGCACAGUCUUCAGUUAAAAAAACCCUCAGCAGGCUGCGGGGGAAAAGGAGACUUCGUGGAGCUGCUGGGAGGAACUGGCCUGGACCCUUCCAAGAUGAUGCCUUUAGCUGAUCUCUGCUACCCCUUUCAUGGCCCUGCCCAGAUGAAAAUUGGCUGUGACAACUCUGUGGUGCGCAUGGUCUCUAGCGGAAAGCAUGUCAAUCGCGUGACGUUUGAAUAUCGCCAGUUGGAACCGUAUGAACUGGGGAACCCAGCCAGAAACAGCAUCCCAGAAUUCUGCCUGUCCAGUCUUUGAAUAACCUGCUCCACACCCACCGUGCUGCUAGCUAAGAGUAUUCUCAAAGCUUAUUGUACAUAAUUCUCAUGACCAGCUAGUGAAAAGCCUUUCAUAACAGUCAGUAUUCCCAGCUGUGAACACACACACACACACACAUUAAGUUUUGUACAUUGCUUCCUUUUUGUUUGUAAUAUAUUUAUGACACAUGGCAGAAAAUGAACCCCAUGUGGUAAAUAACGCGUUUUAAUUGGAAAUGUCUAUAGUUCUUUGGUGUGUUGCAAACCUGAACUGGUAAGACAGGCAUAAAGCAAUGGGCAAUGAACAUUGACACCUCAAGGGAAAAUACUACAAAGAAAGGAAAAUGGUGGCACUCAUAGUUUUAUUCCAGAAAAAAUUUCAAAGUCUUGUGUACACCAAAGGAGUUGUGUCUGUUUAUUUUUUGUUUAUAAUCCUGUUUACAAUAGGUAGAAGCUGUAACUAUUAUUUGUAAUACAUGUUUUUAACAAAACUUUGUAGCAUGGAAAAAACAUUCCAUCCACAAAUAUAAAUGUGAAUAAAUAUAUUCAGAAUGUUGGUACCUCAA